GCGGUCGUUGAACCAUGCAGAUUUGUCAUUCGUCUUGCAACAAUGAAAUCGUGGUUAUAUUUAUGACUAAUGCUCUGUAGCUUGAGAACCAUAUACAUGGCAUUACUUGAGUAAAUCAUGGCCACCGACAAUUUACUGACUGGUAUUUUCGACAUUGAGAAAAAUCACUUUGACGUGAGUCUCACAAGAACAGAAAUCAAAUGGAUACCCAUCGAAGAAAAACACCGAUUUAUCAAUAUCUUCCAAUCAAAAAGUACAUUCACAAAGUUGAAUCUCCAUCAAGUCUUUGGUGUUAAAGUGAAACGACGUGUGAAAGUAGGAAGUCAUACUGGGUAUCCAUUGGGCGUGGCAGUGUUUUAUAGAAAACGUGAUGAGAGAAAAAAAGAUGUGUUGUUGUUGAGAUGUAGUAAUGAAGAGAUAUGCCAGCAAUGGAGGAAAGCGAUUAAUGAUAUAGUCAAAGAUUUUCCCGAAAGGCCAAAGAAGUUGAAUGUUAUUAUUCAUGAAGAUAAUAGUCGAGCAGAAAAUGUGUACAGAAGAAAAGUUCAACAGUUAUUUGAAUAUGCAAAUAUCAUUGUACAGAUUGUUUAUUCCUCAAGAUACAAUAUUGAUAAUAAAUUUCAAGAGAUGCAGCUUAAGGACAUAGAUGGGAUUGUCUGCAUUGGUGAUGAUGGUUAUAUCAGUGACUGUAUAAAUGUCAUAUUAAAGCAAGCACAAUGUGAUGCUGGUGUUGAUACCAAGAAUAUCAAUUUCAGUCCUGCACGAUGUCUUCUACCAAUUGGAAUCAUAUCAACAGGGCCACUGGAUAUAAUAUCUUCAUCGAGUUGUGGAAGUAGUGAUCCAGUACAAACAGCAUUAAAUAUUAUCUUUGGUGAUAUGCAAGCCUUAGAUGCCUGUAGUUUAUAUUAUGAUGGGCAAUUCCAGCAAUUUUGUUUCACAGCUCUCUCUGGAUUUUAUAGUGACUGUAUUAAAAAACAGAAAUGGCCGGUGCUAAUUAAAAAUAAAUAUACAGUCGCUGCAAAGUCGCUUGUCAAUCUUGGUGAUAAUGACUAUACCAUAGAAUUUCUACCAAGAUGGGAUUUAGUAGCAAGGAGAGACACAAGUCCAUGUAGAACUCGAUGUAAACAUUGUUCUGCAGUUGAAGACUACCAAGUUCUACACGGCAAUACAUUCAGUACAAUCUAUAAGAAUAAGGAAACACUAGUAGAAGUACCAAAUCAUGUCAAGAAAAUUCAAGUGCGAAGUCGGACACCAGAUCAACCACAUGCUAGUAAAUCUGCCUGGUUAAAUGUUAAUACUUCCAUACCAAGAGUACAAAGUUCUCCAAAUUUUCCAUGUGUGGACACUGUAGAUCCUGUACUUUUACCUAAUCCAGUUGCUACACCGCCAGAACUGCCAUUGCAGUCACCACCAUCCUCACAUUUACAGUGCAGUGGCAUUGCCUCUGCUAUGCCACAUGAAAGCAUCACAGGUAGUGGUAGUGACAAUACGUGGCAUACUGUGAAUGGCUCAUAUUUGAGUAUUGGUCUGUUCAUAGUACCUGGUAUUUGUAACAUUGUACCUAACUAUGGAUUAUCACCAUACACUCAUAUAGCUGAUAGUAAUGCUGAUCUAGUGGUUGUACAAACUACUACUAAGACUAAUUUUUUACAUCAUCUCAGAAAAUACAAUACUAACAAAGAUCCUUUUGAUUUCCCUUUUAUUAAUGUAUACCGAGUGAAAGCAGUGCGCAUUUCAAGCAGCUCACCUGUUGAUUGGUCAAUUGAUGGUCAUGUGAUACAGAAAAACAACAUAGAAAUCCGAGCACAUCAUCAGUUAUUAGCAGUGUUUAGCAGUGGUAUAUCACAGACAAGACAUGUCACACAGGAUGUUUCCACUUAGUAUGCUUCUAGUUAUGUGACUAUUUCUUUUUUUAAAUCAACAAUACUUCAUUUCACAUUUCUCCAUAAAAUGGUAAUAGACUUGAAUAUAUAUUUUUAUUUAUGUACCCAGUAAAUAUUUGCAGCUUUGCGUGCACCUGUUUUUUUAUUUUUCAAAAACUUGUAAGAGAGUUUUGUAAAUUUAGUACGGC